AUGGGGUUCUCCGACCGUCUCCUAGACCCGCUUUUGAAGCGCGGCGUGGGCGUCGCCGCCGACCUCCUCGACAAACACUUCGUCAAGGCUGUCGAGAAGCGCGAGGCGUCCGGCGACAGCGACGAUAACAUCGAGGGCCGAGUUCUCGCCAUCGUCACCCUCACUGCCUUCGUAUUCUUCGUCUUCUAUGGCUUGGUUCAAUACACUCUUCGCCAUGUCGUCACCACCCUCGCCCUGAUCGAGACUCCCGCCACGGCUGUCCAGAUCUCUGCUGCUCACCCUGAUGAGGAAUCCAACGUGAAGCUCGAUGAUAAGGGGGCUGAGGCCCAGGCCUUCCUCGGAGGCUCUCUGCCUAAGCUCACCGUCGUCAACACCAAGCCCAUCACCUCGAAGAUCCGCACCACCAUCAAGCACAUUACGUCGCAGACCGGAUGGACUGCGCGCUGGCGUGGCAUGGGCUAUGGUUUCAUCUACUCCGUGGCCUUCUCCUUGUUGGCGAAUUCCCUUGCCGCCAUCACCCCUGACCUUCCCGGCGUGAGCAUCGUCACUGUUCUUCUCGCAACCGUCAUCAUGGCUCCGAUUCAUAUGGUCUGGACGCACGCUACCAUUGGUCUUGGCGUAAAUUCAUGGAGAGCCCGUUGGACCCCUGCCAAGGGCUUGGAUUGCUACAAGAACCUCGCCAUCCCCGCCCUCGUCUAUGAGGGUGUUCAGAUCUUGGUCGCUUACAUGGCCGUCUGCAUGGUUAUGCUCGUCCCUCCGACUGUGCUGAAUGGCGCUGAGGCAACUCCCUCCCAAAAGGCUUGGGCUGUUGUCCGCCUCGUCGGUGGUGUGCUGCUUCUUGCUGCUGCGGGCAUCUUCGUCAUUCUUCCUGCUCACACUCAGCUCGUUCGUGUCGAGGCGUCGAUGCUCUCUGACGAUGAGGAGACGAUUGUUCCAUUCGACCGUACCUUUGGCGGCAAGGUCGUCCCUAAGGUGCUCGGCGGAUCUGGCGCCAUCGGUUUCAUGGACGCGUGGCGUUCGUUCAACCGCGAGGCCCGCGUGCGUGUCAUCAAGCUCUACCUGAAGAUCUUCGUCAUUAGCGUGGCCCUUUUCCUUCUUUUCGUGCACGUCAUUGGCUUGGAGAUCCACCUCCUUAGCAAGCACUCCGUCGGUGAGGUCGUUAAAUCUGUUAGGGAGCGCGCCCUCUAA